GGCUAACUGACACAGUGUUUGUCAGUAAAGGCGUCCGCGGCCCAAUGUUUAUAGUGAGAUUUUAAAUUUCUCGAAACUUGACGAUAAUUAUGUCGAAUCUGUGUUCAAGAAUAGUGUACAAACCACCCAAAAGACUUCCAGAGAAUAGGGACAGUAUGUCUGUAGCACAAACGAAUACCUGGAUGAAUGCGGAAAAUAUCAAUAAUGGCGGGGGAUUGUCUUUGUCUCCGCCUCACACGAUAUCGCAACGGGAAACAGGCACUCAAGUAUCACAAUGUUAUAGUGGCCCACCAUCUCCAUGUGGGUCCACAAAUUCUGUACCUUCGCCCACAACAUCACCUGCGCCGCCUCCUGGGACGGCCACUCUCGAUCCCAACUGGCAGGCCACUAAACCCACUGUCCGAGAACGAAAUGCUGCUAUGUUUAACAAUCAACUCAUGUCAGAUGUCACAUUCAUAGUUGGUGGACCAGGACACACACAAGUGAUACCAGCACACAAAUAUGUAUUAGCUACUGCCAGCUCUGUUUUUUAUGCUAUGUUUUAUGGAGGAUUAGCAGAAUGUAAACAAGAAAUAGAAGUACCUGAUGUGGAGCCACAAGCAUUCCUCACUUUAUUAAAAUAUUUAUACUGUGAUGAAAUACAACUAGAGGCUGAUACUGUUUUAUCAACAUUGUAUGUUGCAAAGAAGUACAUUGUGCCAUAUCUGGCAAGAGCCUGUGUCAGCUAUUUAGAAACUAGUCUUACAGCAAAAAAUGCCUGUCUUCUCCUAAGUCAGUCACGUCUAUUUGAAGAACCAGAUCUGAUGCAAAGAUGCUGGGAAGUAAUAGAUGCACAGGCAGAGAUGGCACUAACCUCUGAAGGGUUUGUUGAUAUUGAUGUUUCCACAUUAGAGUCGGUAUUAGCAAGGGAAACUCUAAAUUGCAAGGAAAUUAAUCUAUUUGAGUCAGCUUUAGCCUGGGCGCACGCAGAGUGCGUGAGACGUGAAAUUGAACCGUCUCCAACAAAUAAGAGAGCGAUGCUUGGAAGUGCCAUAUACUUAAUUAGAUUUCCAACUAUGUCAUUGGAAGAAUUCGCAAAUAGCGCAGCGCAGCUCGGUAUCUUAACACCACAAGAGACAAUUGACAUAUUUCUACACUUCACUGCAGCUGCUAAACCUCAAUUAGCCUAUCCGAUCAAAGCUAGGGCUGGACUAAAGGCACAGAUUUGUCACAGGUUCCAGUCAUGCGCUUACAGAAGCAAUCAAUGGAGGUACCGCGGGAGAUGCGAUUCUAUACAAUUUUGUGUUGAUAAAAGAAUAUUUGUUGUUGGUUUUGGAUUGUAUGGCUCUUCUAAUGGAGCAGCUGAUUAUAAUGUUAAGAUAGAAUUAAAGCGUUUGGGUAGAGUGUUGGCAGAGAACAAUACCAAAUUUUUUUCUGAUGGAUCAAGUAAUACAUUUCAUGUGUACUUUGAGAAUCCAAUACAGAUUGAACCAGAAUGUUUUUAUACAGCAUCUGCUAUUUUGGAUGGUAGCGAGUUAAGUUAUUUUGGCCAAGAAGGUUUGAGUGAAGUUUACAUGGGCACAGUCACAUUUCAAUUCCAUUGUUCAUCUGAGAGUACUAAUGGUACUGGAGUGCAAGGCGGCCAAAUACCAGAACUCAUAUAUUAUGGACCCACCGUCAAUACCACAAUGAACAAUCCUAAUACAAAUGAGGACUGACAGUUUACCAGUACUCGACCUAUCAAUUAUUACUCUGUAUGAGCCAAAAUUGGAAAAAAUCUAAAUAUGAUCUUGAGAAUCUAUAUUUACUAUAACACAAUACUAUUCCCAUGUAAAAAAGUAUGAUUUGUUGAAAUUAUGAAGUGCUUGUGUAUAUUGUUGAACUUUAUUAGAAAUUAAGAAAGAUAAUUUAAGAAUGUGAUAUGGGUGUUGUAAAGCUCUCUAGAAAUUUUAGUUGUAGACAGAAUGCAUAAUACAAAAUUAUUGCAAUAAAAACUAAAUAUCUU